CGAAAUUUACUCGGCUAUAUUCAUUCCGUUGUUUUGCCGUUCCUUGGAUUUUCUUUCGUAUAUAAAUUGUAUGUUACGUUUCUAAGAAUUUUUCUAAAUAUUUCUAAAUAGAAAGAGAGAUAUUAUUGUAAUUGUCAAUUUUGAUUGAUUGAUAUACAAUUUAUCUACGUCAAUGAAUCGAAUAUUGCUUUGGUAAUUGAACGUCGUGCAUAUUAUUGAGACAAACUGCUAUAGGUUAUGUUAUUGUGCGGAAGGUAAUUGGAAAAUUGGAAAUUUCGAGAUAAUGAAUAAUCAGGAAGAGAUAGACCUGUAUCGGGAUACAUAUGUGAGAUAUUUAGGUUAUGCAAAUGAAGUUGGAGAGGCAUUUAGAAGCUUAGUACCAAAAUCUAUUGUUUGGUUUAGUUAUGCUCUGUCAAGUGGAUAUGUUCUUGCGGACACAGUGCAUAAGGGUGCAAAAGUCUACAAAGCAGAUGCUACUUCGCAAAGAACUAAAAAUGUUUUACUAUCCACAUCAGAUACUUUGAUAUGGCAGACAUUUGCAUCCAUAAUAGUUCCUGGUUUUACUAUAAAUAGAAUUUGCGCAGCAGUUCAGUUUGCGCAAAGAAAAAGCACAAGAACAGCCUUCAAAAAGCCUUGGAUUUCAACACUUAUUGGUUUGGUAUCCAUACCUUUCAUAAUACAUCCCAUAGACCACGCUGUAGAAAGAGCAAUGGAUGUUACGUACAGAAAAUGGACAGGAUACCAUCCAAAAGCGCCUCUAUGUGGAAUGAAACAUGAAUAAUGGAGUGUAGCCAAUUAAAGGUAUAGUAUAUUAUUAAUCUGAGAGAGGUCAUGCUUAAAAUAAUGAUUUAAUGGAUAUAUAGAAAAAUGUUUCACUUUUGACACAAGAUGAAAGGCCUUAAUAACAAUACACAAAUAUAAUUAUAAUUUUUCAUAAUCUUUAUUAUCGAAGGAUAUAUAAUAAUGAUCAAUAUAAUCUGAAAGUUUACAAUUAAAAGUUUUAAAAUUAAAGUUAAAAUUGAAAGUUUGACAAUUAUUAAUUAAAAUUUUUUUAUAAUGAUAUAUGAAAUAAAAGAAUCAUAAUCUGAAUGAGCUUUAUCAAACAAAAAGCGUAACAAUAAAAUAAGAAAUAUUAACCUAUAAUAUUAUAAGAAGCUUCAAAGAAGCUUUAUUAAAAUUGAAAUCUAUAUUACAUCAUUCUAGAAAAACAAGGCUAAUCUGAAUUUUCGCGACCUCUUGAUAUAGAUAUAGCAAAAUGUUACUGCCAUGUGCAAUUCUAAGAUAGUAUAACAAUGUAAUUAGAAUAUUUUAUUAAUUGCAAAAAUACUAAAUAUUUUGUUAUGAUGCACAUAUUAUACAGCUGUAUGUGCAUUAAGAUUUUUAGCGCGCUGGCUUUCGUGCUACAAUUGUUAAGCUGUUAAAUAAAAUUAUUGUAUUCUACA